GCAAAGAUGAUCUGAGUGAGGAACAGAGCAACCACCGACUUGCGAACAGCGCUCACUUACAUAUAAACAGGCACACAAGAUCUAUAUAUGUAUGUAAUAGACAAGCGCACAGAGCCAGGGUUACAGACAACAGCUGCAUCAGGGAGAACCACAGCAGUUCACAAAUCAACGGAGUACGUCAAAAUCCAAAGGCAUUGACUACCGCUUAACCCAAUUCUCUCUCUCUCUCUCUCUCCACCUGGUUUAAUCAUCAAAAAGCCCGACUCAUUUGCGAUAGAAAGGUUCACAACCAGGAGCGGAUCCCGUGCCUGCGGUAGGGUGGGCGAGUUUGUUAAAGGGGCAUAGACCUUAAGAAGACCCACGCUCUGAAAUUAACACGGGAAGUCAGCGUGAGGACUUGGAGUGAAAUUUUUGUUUUAAUUUUUUUCUCUCUCUGGGGGGUGGGGGGGUCAAAAAAAUGGGUCGAACAACGAAGUGUUGCCUGGAUCUGUUCUUUGCUCUGGUGGUGUUUCUGGGGGUUGUAGUCCCCUUUUGCAGAACAUUGAUGUACACCAACCACUGGGCUGUGAGGAUAAACGGUGGCGCCGAAGAAGCCAAUACAAUAGCAAGUAAAUACGGAUACAGAAACUUGGGACAGAUUGGGUCCUUGAAAGACUACUACCACUUUUAUCAUAGUAGGACAAUGAAGCGGUCAACAAUUUCUAGUAGAGGAACACACAACUUCAUCUCAAUGGAACCAAAGGUGGAAUGGAUACAGCAGCAAGUGGUAAAAAGGCGGAUAAAGAGAGAUUAUAAAGCUAGUGCUUCCCAGUAUCCUUACUUCAAUGAUCCCAAAUGGCCAAGCAUGUGGUAUAUACAUUGUAAUGAUGACACUCACCACUGCCAGUCAGAUAUGAACAUAGUAGGAGCCUGGCGAAGAGGAUAUACAGGCCGAAAUGUGGUAAUUACCAUUCUGGAUGAUGGAAUUGAGAGAAAUCACCCUGACCUUCAGCAGAAUUAUGAUCAAAUGGCUAGCUUUGAUGUCAAUGGAAAUGACUGGGAUCCCAUGCCUCGAUAUGAUGCCAGCAAUGAGAACAAGCAUGGAACCCGGUGUGCAGGCGAAGUGGCAGCUGUUGCAAACAAUUCACACUGCACAAUAGGAGUCGCUUACAAUGCCAAGAUUGGAGGAGUUCGCAUGCUGGAUGGGGAUGUCACGGAUAUGGUGGAGGCAAAAUCUCUCAGUCUGAGCCCCCAGCACAUUGACAUCUACAGCGCCAGCUGGGGCCCAGAUGAUGAUGGAAAGACUGUGGAUGGACCCGCGUCCCUCGCAAUACGGGCCUUUGAGAAUGGCAUCCUACAGGGACGUAGGGGUUUGGGUUCCAUUUACGUGUGGGCAUCUGGUAAUGGUGGCCGAAGCCGAGAUCACUGUUCCUGCGAUGGUUAUACCAACAGUAUCUACACAAUUUCUAUUAGUAGUACAGCCGAGAGUGGAAAGAAGCCUUGGUACUUGGAGGAAUGCUCAUCAACACUCGCUACAACCUACAGCAGUGGAGAAUCUUAUGACAGGAAAAUUAUCACCACUGACCUCAGACAGCGAUGUACAGAUAGCCACACAGGAACCUCUGCAUCAGCACCAAUGGCUGCAGGAAUCAUAGCACUGGCACUGGAAGCAAACCCUGACCUGAAUUGGAGAGAUGUGCAACAUAUUAUUGUGAAGACAUCACGCUCUGGUCAUCUCAAUGCUCCAGACUGGAAGACCAAUGGCGCAGGCUACCGAGUAAGCCAUCUUUAUGGAUUUGGAUUAAUGGAUGCAGAGGCUAUGGUGGAAAAAGCAUUGCAUUGGAAAACUGUUCCAUCACAGCACACCUGUGCCGAGAAUCCAGACAGGCAAAGCAGAACAAUUCGCCCUGAACAUGCUGUGAGGGCGGUCUACAAAGCCACUGGCUGUUCAGACAAUGCAAACCACUAUGUGAAUUACCUGGAGCACAUUAUUGUCCGGGUUACCAUUGCCCACCCUCGCCGUGGUGACUUGUCGAUAUAUCUGACCUCUCCAUCGGGAACAAAGUCCCAGCUGUUGUCCAACAGGUUGUUCGAUCAUUCCAUGGAAGGUUUCAAGAGUUGGGAAUUCAUGACCACUCAUUGUUGGGGUGAAAAGGCAGCAGGUGACUGGGUACUUGAGAUCCACGACAGUCCUUCCCAGCUUCGAAACUUCAAAACACCAGGAAAACUGAAGGAAUGGUCUCUCGUACUUUAUGGUACAGCUACACAUCCAUAUUCAUGGCAGCCCAAACCACGAUCCAGCCCAGAUGAGGUCACAGAUGAUUACACAGAUGAGAAUGCUGGAUCCUGUGACACCGAAUGUCAAAAUGGCUGUGGUGGUCCUGGGCCUCAGCAAUGCAAAGAUUGUUUACAUUACUUCCUCAAGUUUAAAAAUAAUACCAGAACUUGCGUUCCUCAAUGUCCAAGAGGAUUCUUUGGUGAUGAGAAGAAACGCUGCAAGAAAUGCUGGUCUAUCUGUGAGACGUGUGUAGGGAGCCGUAGUGACCAGUGCACCUCCUGUAAAAAUGGCUACCACUUGAACGAAGAGACAAAUUCCUGUAUACCCAACUGCUCAGAUGGCUUCUACCUUGACAGAGGUGACAAUAUGUGCAGAAGAUGUAGUGAAAACUGCAGGAAAUGUAGUGCAUUCCACCAUUGUGCAGAAUGCAUGCCAGGUUGGAGGUUGCAGGGACCAAGGUGCGUCUUAAACUGUGAAACUGGAACUUACUUUGAUUCACAGAGCAGGGAUUGUGAGAGGUGUCCCUUGUCUUGUGCAGCUUGUGCAGGGCCACGCCAAGAUUCCUGUACACAGUGUAUUGCAGGUUAUUACCUGGAGGAAUGGAGAUGUGUGUCAAGCUGUAGCACUGGCUACUACAUGGACCAGGCAUCUGAAUAUGGAGAAAAGACCUGCAGGAGGUGUGAUCCAAGCUGUUUAACUUGUAUUGGUCAUGGUGAAAGGAACUGCAGCUCCUGUCGCACUGGAUAUAACCUUGAGGGGGGAGUCUGUGUGGUUGGCACAGUGUGUAAAGAUGGUCAAUAUAUUGAUGAUGCAGGAAAGUGCCACAACUGUCGUUCCUAUUGUGAUAAAUGUUCUGGCCCAGGCAUAAAUGAGUGUAUUAGUUGCCCUUUUCCAAGCGUCCUGGACAAUGGCCUUUGUGUUACAACCUGCCCCCCUGGUAAAUUUGAAAAUAAUGGCCAGUGUCACCAGUGUCAUCACACCUGCAAGGAAUGUUGGAGAGGUGGACCUAAUGACUGCAGAUCAUGUGAUAAAGAUACAUUUAUGAAUGAUCGUUACUUUUAUAGAGGAGAAUGCAGAGAAGAUUGCCCUCCAUCCUACUACCCAGCAGCUGAUAAAACCUGCAAGAUGUGUUCCAGUAACUGUGAAGUGUGCACAAGUGGCACACACUGUGUAAGGUGUUCCACCGGCUACUAUCCCACAAACGAAGGAUGCCAGAAGUUAAAAUGUAGAGAUGGUGAAGUUGCAGAUCCCUACAAUGAAGAAUGUGUGCAGUGUGCAGAAGGAUGUGAGAAAUGUUCAUUAGAUGAUCCGAGAAUAUGCACAGCAUGUAAAAAUGGAUUCUAUCUGUUUCAUCAAUGGUGUUACACAAAAUGUCCAGCUAAGACCUAUGAAUCAGAUGACACAAUGGAGUGUAAGCCUUGCAAUGAGAAUUGCAUUGAAUGUGAUAAAAAUCAGUGUUAUUGGUGUGAAACUGGUUUCUUCUCCUUGGAUUUAGGGUGUGUAAGUACAUGCACACCUGGUUACUAUGGUAAUGAAAAUAGUGCCACUUGCGAUAUCUGCCACCCCGAAUGCAGUACAUGCCAUGGUCCUGGCCUUAAAGAAUGUGAUUCCUGCAAAAACACAUUAGAACUUCAAGAUGGAAUGUGCACUUUACCUUCUUCGGAAGUCUGUGCAGAUGGAAGCUACUGGAAUGCUAAAGAAAGAACCUGUUUUCGCUGUGAUGACUUGUGCAAGACGUGUACAGGAGAGGGAUGGAAUGAAUGCACCAGCUGUCCUUCAGGAUUGUACCUUAACAAUGAAGAAUGUGUCAAGAGUUGUCCAAAUCAAACCUUCGCGAAUCCAAUUACUGUAAAGUGUGAGCAGUGUGAAGAAGGUUGUGAGAUCUGUUCAGGAAACAAGACGAACUGUCAGCGAUGUAUCACAGUACAACAUCAGCCACUUUACCUGUAUAUGGGAAAGUGUCUAAGUGAAUGUCCACAGCAACAUUUUAUUACUGCUGAUAAUACCUGCACAAAGUGUGAUGAUGCCUGUGAACAAUGUGAAGUUAGUCCCACAAACUGCCAGUCCUGUGUCAAGCCCUUUGUUCUGGAGAACAAAAGUUGUCGAAUGAAAUGCUCCAAGAAGCAUUAUGCUAGUUCAGAUGGACUUUGUAAACACUGCCCUAUGAACUGUGAAGAGUGUAAUGAGAAUAAAUGUACAGAAUGCAGCAGAUACUUUUUCUUUCACAAUGAUACCUGUUUGGAGGACUGUCCCCAAGGAAGGUUUCAAAACACUCAGACCUUUAAAUGCACUUUGUGCCAUUACACAUGUGCAGCAUGUAAUGGCCCUGACUCCGAUGACUGUGAAGAAUGUGCUGACACUUCUUCAGUUAUGUACAAUGGACAGUGUUUGGAAAGUUGUCCUGGAGGAACUUACAUUGACAUGAAAACUAUAAGUUGUCAGGAGUGUGAUAAGACAUGUAGGACAUGCAACGGACCCCAUUCAACAGACUGCAUUCAUUGCAUAACAGGAUUUAUAAAGAACAGAGAAGGGCACUGUGUAACACACAAAGACUGUGCCCUGAAUAUGUACAUGGACCAGAUCUGUAGGCCUUGUCACAAAAAAUGUCAUCGCUGUUAUGGGCCCACGGACCAUGAUUGUCUCAGUUGUGCUUACAAUCAUUUUUUACUUAAUAAGACAUGCAUAGAAUCUUGUCCUGAUGGAUACUACGCAGAAAGGCAUCACUGCUUUGCUUGUUACAAAGGCUGUGAGACUUGCAGUGGGCCGUCAAAGAAAGAUUGUGUUGCCUGUAAAUCAGACUGGUACAAGCUGGAAUCAAUUUGCGUUAAGACGUGUGGAUCUGGGCGUUUUGGAGAUCCAUUGGAUAGAAUUUGUAAAAACUGUCACACAAGCUGUAAAGAAUGUUGGGGUCCAAAUGAACACGAAUGCCAGACCUGUCAGAAUGAUCACUUCCUGCUGAAAUCUCACAGCAAAUGCUAUCAAAAAUGUCCUGAACAAUACUAUGAAGAUAAGUUGGAGCAGACCUGUGAAAGGUGCCACCCUAGUUGUAAAACAUGUGAUGGUAAAGGACCUAUUCGAUGUACUUCCUGCUUUUGGGGCUUCACGAUGGUUGGAAGCAUUUGCAGUUCUCAGUGUUUUGCUGGGGAAUACUUGGUCUCAGAGGAUCCAGAAAUAUUGUGUGCUAAAUGCAAUAAUACUUGUCUGGAAUGUAAAGGGCCAGGACCUUUCAACUGCACAGAUUGUAGUCCAAAACUCUUGAUUAAUCUCGAGGAUGGCAACUGUUUAAAAUGUUGCACAGAUGCUUUGCCAGAAGUUGAAGACUGCUGUGAUUGUGAAAUGAGAUUUGAUGAAUGUGUUUUAAGGAGAGUAGUUCUGGUUCCAGACAGCAAGAUAGCAGGCAAACCUACCUUAUUUGCCAUCGCUUCAGUUCUGCUCAUUUUCAGUAUUGGUAUUGGUAUAUUUCUUCUUCUGAAGUUGCGUUCAAAAGCAAAGCACGCUCAGAGAGGUGGUUAUGAGAAACUGUCCAAUCAAGCCAAAUCCACUCCAGUUUAUAAUGCUUGCAGGGACAGUAUUAGUUUUCAAGAUAAUCAAGAAAUUGACUACAUGGAUCAUCAGGAAGAAAUACGCGAUGAAGAAGAUGAUGAUGAUGAUGAUAUUGUCUACAUGGGCCAGGAUGGCACUGUUUACCGUAAAUUCAAGUAUGGUUUGUUAGAGGAUGAUGAAGAUGAACUAGAGUAUGAUGAUGAAAGCUAUUCCUUUAGAUAAAAAGCAAUGUGAAUUUCAUUUUGAUUCUCAGUACUUUUAAAAGAAAUUCUGUACUUACUCCAGUUACUUAAUAUAUCAGUUGAAGAUACUGAAAAGUGAGUUCUGUGAAUGAGAUCAUUCCCCACCUAUUCUCACCUUAUGCAUACAGCCAACCAGGGAGUGUGUUAUUUAAGUCUGUGAGCCCUAUCAUAAUUUUCAAGUAAUUACAUUUUCUGUUUGAGCUUUGCACAUCUGUGCAUGUUAAGUCUCAUAAUUUUUUAAUUGUAUUUUUAUUAAGAUUGAAUUUCAUACAUUAAGAGCAAUUAUUACAAUUAUGGUGCUUUAGUGCAAUGAUUUAAACAAUCUAAGUUCCUGUCAGAGAUUUCAAAACUCCUGUUACAUUGCUGGGCUCUGUAUCAAAAGAUGCAACAAACUACUCCUGUUUCUCCAUUUAGUGCACUGACCUUUUAAAUUGUGUGAUAGUAUUCACCUAAAUUACUGACAUGAUUCAUUAAACAAAACCGCGUUCUUCAAUAGUUUUUUUUACAAAAUGUUUAUCAGCCAUUUAGAUUUCCAAUUUCUAUAGAAAUUUUACAGCUUAUGGUGAACUAUAGCUGGUUAUUAUGCAAUAGCACUUCCAAUAUCCGGAGAAAUUGAACUUAAGAAUGUUCCCCAUAGUCCUGAACUGGCUUUUAUUCUAAGGCAUCAAUACGCUUAUGUAAUAUCAGUAUACAUGACAGUUAUUGAUUUUUUUUUUAAAUUAAGCAAUAUGUUUACAGAUAAUUAUAAUACCCAGUAAUAAUGAAUGCUAAAUCUUUCUUUAAAAUUUUAUUCAAUGUACUGUUAGAUAAUUUUUUUUAAUAUGGAUUACCAUAACAUCAUGUUUUAAAGAAUAUACAAAAAUAGCAUUUUGUCUUUUCUCUUAGGCAUAGGGAAGUUAAUUUCAUAAUCCAGAUUUUUUGGGGGGAAUUUCUUGCUCAGUUCUUUAAAUUUCAGAAUUGUGGUUGGAACUUCAGCUAGAUUUUAAUAAUGCAAGAGCAAGAAUUUUUGUUGGUUUAAGUUUCAACUAUUGUUUAGCUUUAGUAAUAAAGCAAUGCAAAGCCUUUGACAACAACUUUGUCCCACGCAACAAAGGGGACCAAGUUGUUGUCAGAGGCUUUGCAUUGCUUUAUUUCUGUCAUCAAACAAUAGUUGAAUCAUUCUAUGAAGCUGAGUGCGCCAUGAAGUUUUAAUUUAUUUAUGUGUACCAGCGCACUUGCUCUUGUAGAACUGGUAAUAGAAUUUGCAUUACCUUAGUCUGGAAUUCUUGUUCAUUAAGAUUGAAUCCAGAAGCCUUCAUUCAUUUUUAUUUUGCUGCAAACUAGAACAUUGAAGAUAUGAUAAAUUUGCAAGUAUAAUAUUAAUUGUCAAUUAAUAAACAAUUUGCUGCUGCUACAUCAAGGAG